CCGAGGCUCCGCGCGCCGUCGCGCCGACCAGGCGUCCCUGUGCAGCCUCCGCCGCCGAUGGGAGAGGUGGAGCCCGGGCCCGCGGGCCCGCUGGAGCCCACGGAGCCACCCGAAGCGCCCGCGAGCCGCCAGCCUGGAGGGAUCCGGGUUCUGAAGAGAAAUAUGAAACGCAAUGGAAGCAGAAAUUGUUUGAAUAGGAGGAGUAGGUUUGGUUCUCGAGAAAGAGACUGGCUGCGAGAAGAUGUGAAGAGAGGCUGUGUUUACCUUUAUGGAGCAGACACUACCACUGCCACACCAACCACCUCGUCCUCCUCUUCUUCCUCCUCUGACUUGCAUCUUGUCCUUUGCACAGUAGAGACACCAGCAUCAGAAAUAUGUGCUGGAGAAGGCAGAGAAAGUCUGUAUUUACAGCUCCAUGGAGACCUGGUCAGGAGACUGGAACCUAUUGAACGACCACUUCAGAUUGUUUAUGAUUACUUGUCCAAACUGGGAUUUGAUGAUCCUGUGCGUAUACAGGAGGAGGCUACAAAUCCUGACCUUGGCUGUAUGAUUCGAUUUUAUGGUGAAAAACCAUGUCACAUGGAUCAUCUGGAUCGAAUCCUACUGUCUGGCAUCUAUAACGUACGCAAGGGAAAGACUCAACUGCACAAGUGGGCUGAACGCCUGGUUGUUCUCUGUGGUACCUGCCUUAUUGUUUCCUCAGUGAAGGAUUGUCAAACUGGAAAGAUGCACAUUUUGCCUCUGGUUGGGGGAAAGGUAGAAGAAGUGAAGCGACGGCAGUACUCCCUGGCGUUCAGCUCCGCUGGAGCCCAAGCUCAGACCUAUCAUGUCAGCUUUGAGACUUUGGCAGAGUACCAGAGAUGGCAGCGGCAAGCGUCCAAGGUGGUGUCCCAGCGCAUCAGUACUGUGGAUCUCUCGUGUUACAGCCUGGAGGAGGUUCCUGAGCAUCUCUUCUAUAGUCAAGAUAUCACCUACCUCAACUUGCGACACAACUUCAUGCAGCUAGAAAGACCAGGGGGCCUUGACACGCUCUACAAAUUUUCUCAGCUGAAGGGCCUAAACUUGUCCCACAAUAAACUCGGGUCAUUUCCUGUGUUGUUGUGUGAAAUCUCCACCCUGACUGAGCUCAACCUUUCCUGCAAUGGAUUUCAUGACCUACCAAGUCAGAUUGGCAAUUUGCUAAAUCUUCAAACUCUCUGUCUUGAUGGCAACUUUCUGACUACUUUACCUGAAGAACUGGGAAAUCUGCAACAGCUUUCCUCUCUGGGAAUCUCUUUCAACAACUUUAGUCAAAUCCCUGAGGUUUAUGAGAAACUCACUAUGUUAGAUAAAGUGGUUAUGGCAGGAAAUUGCCUGGAAAUGCUCAGCCUGGGGGUGCUGAACAGAAUGAGCCAUGUCAAGCAUGUGGACUUGAGGAUGAACCAUUUGAAAGCCGUGGUUAUUGAAAAUCUGGAGGGAAAUAAAUACAUCACUCACAUGGAUCUCCGGGACAAUCAGCUGACUGACUUAGAUCUCAGCUCCUUGUGUGGCUUGGAGCAGCUGCACUGUGAGCGGAACCAGCUGAGGGAGCUGACCCUCAGCGGCUUCUCCCUUCGAACACUCUACGCCAGUUCCAACAGGCUGAUAGCAGUGAAUGUCUACCCAGUCCCCAGUCUGCUCACUUCUCUGGAACUCUCCCGAAACCUGCUAGAAUGUGUUCCUGACUGGGCCUGUGAUGCAAAGAAGAUAGAAGUGUUAGAUAUGAGCUAUAAUCUUCUCACUGAGGUUCCUAUGAGAAUUCUGAGUAGCCUGAGCCUCAGGAAACUGAUGGUGGGGCACAACCGUGUGCAGACUCUGCCAGCGCUGGUGGAGCACAUCCCCCUGGAGGUGCUGGAUAUUCAGCAUAAUGCACUCACCAGGCUGCCAGACACUCUGUUCUCCAAGGCCUUAAAUCUCAGAUACUUGAAUGCGUCUGCAAAUAGUUUGGAGUCUUUACCAUCUGCCUGCGCUGGGGAGGAGAGUUUGAGCAUGCUGCAGCUGCUUUACUUGACCAGCAAUCUCCUGACAGAUCAGUGCAUUCCUGUCCUGGUAGGACACCCCCACCUGCGAAUCUUGCACCUUGCAAACAACCAGCUACAGACCUUCCCAGCAAGCAAACUAAAUAAAUUGGAGCAAUUGGAGGAACUAAACCUAAGUGGCAAUAAGCUUAAAACCAUUCCCACAACCAUAGCCAGCUGCAAAAGGCUGCACACCCUGGUCGCACACUCCAACAACAUCAGCAUUUUCCCAGAGAUCCUGCAGUUGCCUCAGAUCCAGUUUGUAGACCUAAGUUGCAAUGACUUGACAGAAAUCCUGAUCCCAGAGGCAUUGCCCGUUACAUUACAAGACCUUGACCUGACUGGAAAUACAAAUCUGGUUCUAGAACACAAGACUCUGGACAUAUUUAGCCAUAUCACAACCCUGAAAAUUGAUCAGAAACCUUUGCCAACCACAGAUUCUACAGUUACAUCAACCUUUUGGAGCCAUGGACUGGCUGAAAUGGCAGGGCAGAGAAAUAAGUUGUGUGUAUCUGCCCUGGCCAUGGAUAACUUUGCUGAGGGAGUGGGAGCUGUGUACGGCAUGUUUGAUGGGGACAGAAACGAGGAGCUCCCUCGCCUGCUCCAGUGUACGAUGGCCGACGUGCUGUUGGAAGAGGUGCAGCACUCAACAAAUGACACUGUUUUCAUGUCUAACACCUUCUUGGUAUCUCACAGGAAACUGGGAAUGGCUGGCCAGAAGCUGGGCUCCUCUGCCCUCCUGUGCUACAUCCGCCCUGACACUGCCGACCCCACAAGCAGUUUUAGCUUGACUGUGGCCAACGUUGGCACAUGUCAGGCAGUCCUGUGCCGAAGUGGGAAGCCACUGCCACUCUCUAAAGUCUUCAGUCUGGAGCAGGACCCAGAGGAGGCACAAAGGGUGAAGGAACAAAAAGCCAUCAUCACCGAGGACAACAAAGUGAACGGCGUGACCUGCUGUACUCGGCUGCUGGGCUGUACAUACCUCUACCCCUGGGUCCUCCCCAAGCCUCACAUUUCUUCCACUCCACUUACCAUUCAAGAUGAGUUGCUGAUUCUAGGAAACAAAGCACUGUGGGAACACUUGUCCUGCACAGCAGCUGUCAAUGCAGUGCGUCAUGUACAAGACCCGUUAGCAGCUGCCAAGAAGCUAUGCACACUAGCACAGAGCUAUGGUUGUCAGGACAACGUAGGGGCCAUGGUGGUGUAUCUGAACAUUGGCGAGGAAGGCUGCACAUGUGAAAUGAAUGGGCUCACGCUGCCCGGGCCUGUGGGGUAUGUCUCCACCACCACUGUCAAGGACAUGCCAAAGCCAACCACUCCAUCCUCUAGCAGUGGGAUCGCCUCUGAGUUCAGCAGUGAGAUGUCCACCUCGGAGGUGAGCAGCGAGGUGGGGUCCACCGCUUCUGAUGAGCAUAACGCCGUGGGCCUGGAUGCCACCUUGCUCCCACGGCCGGAGAGGCGCUGCAGCCUCCAUCCAGCACCCAGCUCUGGGCUUUUUCAGCGGCAGCCUUCUUGUGCCACCUUCUCCAGUAAUCAGUCUGACAAUGGCUUGGACAGUGAUGACGACCAGCCCGUUGAAGGGGUCAUAAGCAAUGGCAGCAGGGUAGAAGUGGAGGUAGAUAUCCACUGCUGCAGAGGGAGAGACCCGGAGAACACCCCUGCUCUCGCAGGGAAUCCUCCUGCCCCAUGUCCCGAGGAACAUGCCAGAGGGCUGGGCUUUGGGAUCCGAAGACAGAACAGUGUGAAUAGUGGCAUACUUCUGCCGAUGAGUAAGGACAAGAUGGAGUUACAGAAGUCUCCUUCCACUUCCUGUCUCUAUGGAAAGAAACUCUCCAAUGGCUCUAUUGUGCCCCUGGAAGAUAGCCUGAACCUCAUUGAAGUGGCCACAGAAGCACCCAAGAGGAAAACUGGCUACUUUGCUGCCCCCACUCAGCUGGAACCAGAGGAUCAGUUUGUUGUACCCCGGGACCUGGAAGAAGAAGUAAAGGAGCAAAUGAAACAGCAUCAGGAAAGCAGGCUUGAGCCUGAGCCCAGGGAAGAGGAUCGGACCGAGCCCCCAGAGGAGUUUGACACGGCGCUGUGACCCCGCCCCCACAGUGAGCACGGUGCAGAGAAGGCUGUGUGGAGCUGGUGUGGGACCCUGCCGGGGGCAUUUUGUCUCUGCAUUUCUAAACCACAAAUGCGUGGGGUAGAACUUGGAGCCAGAAGCGUGAGAGUGAUCAGGGUCUGGCUCUGGAUAAGCUAGAAGCCACCAUCAGUGUUAAGUUUCACAUUUAACCUGCAAGGGAAUUCCCAGCGUUAACUGGGAAGAAAGCAGUCCUACCACCUGCCAUUAACCCUUUCUCUCCUAGGAUCAUUUUGAGAAUUUGCCUGCCUGGGCAGGAAAGGGACUAUUCUGUGGAGGAAAUAACUGAAGAUUGAUUCCCUACACUAAUUGCUGCUGAUGGAUUUCUGUGACAGAGAAAUCACCUUAUCUCUCAGACUAACUCAUGGGGUAUGAUGUGACUAGUCACAUGGCUUUUCCUUCUUCUCUACGAGAAUACAGCCUAUCAAAAUGACGUCCAUUGGAAAUGUAGAACCAAUCAAUUAAUUUAUGUAUGUAAUGUAAUGAGAGCACUUUUCAUUGACUGUGAACUUUUUAUUUUUGAAUCUGCACUCGAGCCACUCUUCUUAGAAGAAACCCAGUGCCCUUUGUCCAUAGGCAGAGAGCUAGUCGGGUACUUCUCUGAGGGUACUUGGAAGGGCCUUGGGAAAUAUUUUAACUGUUAGAUGUCAGACUGUGAAAAGCUCCUGAGAAACUUGGGGUAGCAGGAUCUUCUUUUGGGGAUGAAGAUGGUGGAGAAGUGAGGACUAAGACUACAUCCCCCCCCAAAUCAAAGAAAAUUACCCCUUGACAAAUGUGAAACCUGCUAGGAAUUUCCCAGCAGAUCACAAGGGAGGCAUUUGGGGGUUGGCCUCUGUCCCUGAUGAGCGUCAGCCUCCCAACUGCCUGACGUUGCUCGUGUCUAGGUAACCUUGAGUUACGGCAGAUGACUGUGAAACAGACUGAGGCCAAAAGACAACAGACAGAUUGAGCUCACAGGUUAGACCAGAGGGAUAGUUUUCUAGAAUGUUGGAAGUGAGCUGAGAGCUCACCUCUUGAAUGUUAAACGGUAUAUACACUUCUGAAAACUGCUUAUUUCACCUUAUGUGGUUUUGAUACUAACAUAAGAAAGAUACUUAGUUGAGAAAUUCUUAAGCUUACCAAAAAACCUGUAUUUUUUUGCACAUUCCUUGUAACUCUAGCAAAAUGCAGUUCCUUCCAUAUUUUUGUCACUUUUUCCAUUACAAGAUUUACUUAGGACAAUUAAUUCCCAUUUAUUACUACAAAAUUUUGGCAUUGCUUGACUUCACCUUAUGGGAAAUGUGCUUUGAAGUUCUGGAAUACUUUCACAAUUAAAAAGAAAAUAGGGUGGAACCAGUUUUAAUUUGUUUCAUUACAAACAAAAUGUUAAAAAGAAGGUUAGUGGAUAUAUAUUUUUUUCUUUGUGUUUUUGGGGAGUUUUUGUUCAGAGCAAUAGUCAAAAACCAGAUGACCUGUCCACAAAUGGCCAGGUGUCUUCAUCCUCUUGCGGACCUGUGCCUAUGUGCGUGUUGUCGGGGGGUGCCCUCUUGGGGGAUUCUGUGCCACUCUGAUGGUUAUCCAAUGAUCAGCCCUUCAAGAGUCUGGACACGAGUCCCCACAUGGUCAGGAACACUUAACUUCCCUGUGUCAAACUACUGGUCAGCUAUUUGACGAAGUUUAGAACUCAGGUCUUUGAUUUGAAGUAGGGAGCAUAGUGACUCAUAUGAAGUGUAGGUGCUGUUAGAAAAAUGGGAAUAAUAGUGUGUUGCACCUUAUUUUUAUAUGGAAAAUUUUUUUAAAUGAAAAAAUGAAGGAAAAAUCCAAGAUGAUAGUCAUGGGUGAUGGAAAACAUCUUUCUACUCAGACAGCAGAACCUUUGGGUUAUAGAGUAGUGAUGAUACUGUCUAAAAAUGAAAGUUAUUUUGGGAAUAUACCACUUUAAUAGUAUAGUCUUAUAAAAAUUGUUCUUUAUAUGUGAACCCCUUUCUUGUCUUCUGUUUGUCACUCCAAUUACUAGAACCACACCAAAACCCAGUUCUGAAAUGACCAUACCAAAAGUAAAUGUAUUUACUUUUUAGUGAGUAGAACUCUGAAAUUCCAAAUCUUCUUUUAUGUGGUAGAGUUAUUUUUAGAGACCAUUAGGUUGUAAACUAGAAACCUUUAAUCUAGGCUACACCAAAACUGAGUCUUGUUUUUUGCAAUCUCCUUUAAUUCAUGCCCUUCAAUAGUUUCUCUAUGUUCAAACAGGAUAAAAUGGCCAUAGCCCAUUACCAAAAAUAUAAUACAAAACUCUUCUGACCUAUAAGGUAAUUUACAGACACUGUCAUCUGAGUAGGCUGUCAGCUGGUGAAAUCCAGUCAUCUGUCUCCAGGUGAACGUAAUCUGCUUCCCGUUCCUUUACUCAGAGGACGUGUUCCCAGCUGGGCAGAGACAGAGAUUCUGGCCUCUGCAAGGGUUCUCAGGUCUCUGUGCGCACCUCCCAUUUAAUAGACAAGUUUCAGAGAAUUCUGAAGGAAGAAUGCUCCUGAGUAUGGGAGCAAGCAGUUCAGGAGUCCCAUGGAAGAAAGGAAACAAUGUGUCUUGACAGCCAUGCUAUUCUUUUUAUUAUCCAAACGGAUUAGAAAUAUCUUUGAAAAUUCGAAUGUUGGUAUGACAUAAAGCUACAGUACUACUGUAGAGGCCGGUCAUUGUGAAUUGCCAUUCCUGGUACAUGUGAGGGCUGAUGAUACUGUUGUCCAUGUAUGUGUGCGAUAAAUGGGUGGGUUCAUUUACUGGGGUGCAGAGGAGCCCUCAGGAGCAGCACGGUGUUCACUGGGUGCUAGUACAGUUGUGUGUAGUGAGUGCCGUUUGGGAGCCGGAGCCGGCUAGGUGUGGCCGAUCUACUGAAAAAUCAAGUGAUGCUCUUUCUAUGUUUGCGGAAGCAGGAGAGCUACUUGGAAGCCACAGGCUCACCUUCUCUAUCUAUUCAAUAAUAAUCAAUGAAGAGACCUCCAUAAGGGAGCACUUGGCUAUUAUUGAUACAUGUACCAAUUAUUACAUAAUUAGUCUGCAAGCCAUUUGGUGAUGUCUGCAGCAUCACUAUAGAACUGUCUUGUGUCACUUUUCACUUUCCUCGGGUGGAGCCCUUCAAACUUCCCAGUCAUGGAGGCAAGUUAAUCUUUCUCUGCAGUUAGUGACUUCCGCCCCAUAGUUGAGGAAGCACUUCCUAGAUGGAGAAAAGCAGCUACAGCAAACCCUGCUCUGUCGCCCUCAGUGGUGAGCGAUCACACAUGCUCCUUGUAUUCUGAUUUUCACGCUCCCCCAGAUGCUGUAGGGUCUUCUCUCACUGUUGCCAAUGGAUGUCAUCCAGACAGUGGGCUCAUAUCUUACGGUUUCGUGCAAUCAUUGUCGUAUUGUAGUCCUAAGACUCAUUAUAGUGUAUUUUUGAUAUUUUUGAAAUGUGUUAAAUUUUUUAAUUCAAUAAUACGAGCCAGAGCAUGUUGCAGCAAAUCUAUUGUUUGUAAAAAAUAAUAACAAUAAUAAAUAAAAUAAAAUGGAAUUAUCGUUUUCAUGGCUUUGUUUUA